UUCUUUUCUCCAGGAUUUGAGGAUUUCAGUCUUUCUCAGAAAAUACCUAAAAAGGCGAAGAAGAAAAAAAUCACAAAAAAAAAAGUUCCCUCCCCUCCCCUCCCCCUUUCCACCCUUCCCUCCAAAAAAGCUCCAGCGCCCAAAACACCCUUCUCUUAAGAAAGCUUGUAACAAUAAGAUAAAAGCGAGAGAAAAUUCAAGACAGGUUGAAAAGAACAACAAGGCCGCCUCUUGUAACGAAUAACUGAAAAGACUCAAAAACAAAAAGGAAAAGUAAAGGAAAAACGCAACGCAACGCAACGCAAAAAUACAAAAACAAAACAGAAAAAAAAAAAAAGAGAGUAUUAUAUAAAGAUUGGCGGGUCAAAACCAUCAUAGGAAUCAAACCAGAAUCUGCUUGAUAAAACAAGUACAGAAUGCGGUAGUAGAAUGCGGUAGUAGCCCCGAGCAGGUUCCUCUCUUGUGUAUAUAGGCGAUAUGGUAUAUAUGUAUUUUUUUCGUCUUCUGCUCUCUGCUCUCAUCAACUGCCGCAUAUUUUCAUCCACAGCCCAUCGAGGGCUAACUGCAGUCUCUCGCGUUGUUGGAUCAGAGACCCCAAAUUCAACACAUGUGCUGUACGCUGCUCUCUCUAAAACUCUAGCUCGGGGCUCGACCAGGGGUGUUGCGCGAAAAAUAAAGGGGGGGACAAAAGGAAAAAUCGAUCAAGUCGCUUGGGUAAUCAGUUGGCCGACAGAUAGCUGCUGUUUAACAAGAGGAAAACAUUGCCGGCUUAGGUCAAACAGCUUUUUGGGGGUAGUUCGUAACGUCGUUAAAAAAAAAAAAGGAAGAAAGGAUGCUGAAGAAAGAAAGAAGAAAAAAGAGUGUUCUCGAUAUGUACGGAUUAGUUGAUUUAUGCUCUUUGGUAGUAGUUGCCUAGUUAUAAUAACAUGUGUGAAUGCCAAAAGUUUCGCAG